UGAGUCUAUUCCACCUUCUUUCGGCGCGAGCAAUAAUCAUGUCAGAAGAAGACUCCCGCUCUAGCCUAGGCACGGUUUUAGUAACCGGUGGCUGCGGUGGUCUGGCCAGCCAAAUCCUCCAGCUUUUUGCAGAGCGCGGCUACAAACAGCUUCACUCUAUCGACCUCCGACAACCAGCUCACUGUCUCUCUGGUGUCGAGUAUUACAGUGGAGACCUCACCGACUCCGACGCCAUGCGCCAGCUCUUCCAACAGAUAAAACCCGAUACGGUGAUCCACACAGCCAGUCCCAAAUUCGACGCCCCCAAGCAUACCAUGUACAAAGUCAACGUGGAGGGCACCAAGACCCUGAUCCACAUCGCCCAAGAAUCAGGCACCCAAUGCUUCGUAUACACGAGCUCAGCCAGCGUCAUCAGCAACGCCCAGACCGACCUCCACAACGCCGACGAAUCCUACUCCGUGCUCCUCGAGGAGACCCAACAGCCCGAGUUCUACGUUUAG